AUGGGUGCACCAGCUUCAAAAGGCCCCAGUGCAAUGUCCCCGCAACCGAACUGGGAAGGCUUACAUGUAGAUGAAAACAUUUUGGAUGCACUGCUGUUGAACACAAGUCGAAUAGGCCAUGGCUACAGCAUAAACAAGCGUCUUGCAGCAAAACAGUUGUCCAAAAAGCUUGAAGUGGCAAUAGAAGUGUGUCCAAUCUCAAACCAGGUGCUUAUGUUGGUGAGUAAUCUACAGAAUCACCCAGCUGCAGCCUUAAUGGCAGAAGGUCAUCCCAUGAUCAUUAGUGCUGAUGAUCCAGCUGUUUUUGGGGCUCGUGGUUUGUCGUAUGACUUUUAUGAGGCUUUCAUGGGAAUAGGAGGUUUAAAAGCUGAGCUGACAACAUUGAAGCAGUUGGCUCUGAACUCAAUCAACUACAGUGCUAUGUCUGCCCAGAUGAAAGCUGAAGCCAUCAAACUCUGGCAAGAAAAGUGGGAUCAGUUUUUGGAUGUGGUGCUUCACAUGUUCAACAGUGAUGAGCUGUGAGAAAAGAUUUUCUAAUAGGGAGGUUUUGAUGUUUUAAAUUAAUCCUUACUUAGAAUAGGUUAUCUGGCAGUCUUGAUGUGGCUACGGAAGAAAAUCUUGUAUAGUGUGUUGCAUGAUCUCAGGACAACCCAAAUAUGCUUUACAGCCAAUUAAGUUAUUUUGGCAUUCUUUAUUAUAAUGUUGGAUUCUAUGAAUAUAUCUUGUAAAAGUUGGUGCAUAUAUAUGUAUUUGGGCCAUGCUUUAUAUUCAUUCAGAAUAUGUUUGCGAAGAAUGAUUUAUACCAAUUUGUGAAUGUGAAUUUUCUCUAGUAAGCUUAAAAAACAGCCAUCCAUCCUGAUUCAGUUCCUGUUCCUACAUAACUCUGAUCUUGUACCAUCAACCUUCUUGGCUCCAAUGAUAAGAUCAUAAGAAAUAGGAGCAGGAUUAGGCCAUUCAGCCCAUUGAGCCUGUGCCACCCUUCAAGGAUAUUGACCUUAACUCUAUUUUUGUGGCCCUCCCCAUAACCCUUGACUCCCCUUAUCUAAACAUCUGGCAAUAUCAGGACUAGCCUAAAGAUUUGGAACUUUAGUCUUUUGCUAGUUUUGAAGCUGAAAUUCCUUUUUACAUCCGUUCGAAAGCAAAACUGACUGACCUCCACUUCCUUUAUUCAUUAACAGGUUGAGGGCAUCGCUGGUUAGGCAGCGUUUAUUGCCCAUCCCUAAUUGCCCAGAGGGCAGUUGAGAGUCAACCAUAUUGCUGUGGGUCUGGAGCCACAUGUAGGUCAGACCAGGUAAGGAUGGCAGUUUCCUUCCCUAAAGGGCAUUAGUGAACCAGAUGGGUUUUUCCCGACAAUAGGCAAUGGAUUCAUGGUCAUCAUUAGAUUCUUAAUUCCAGAUAUUUUAUCAAAUUUAAAUUCCAACAUCUGCCGUUGCAGGAUUCGAACCCUGGCCCCCAGCAUGUUAUCUAGGUCUUUGGAUUAACAGUCUAGUCAUAAUACCACUAGGCCCUACUACUUCCCCGCUGGCUCUGACACCAUUUUGAAGUUUGAAGCUAAGAAUCUUAGAUGGCCCCCCAAUCUGUUGUCUCGCUUCUCCCAAUUAAAACAUGCCCUUUUCUGAAUUUUUAUUCACAUAAAUAAAGAUCUUAAAAUCAAAAUGCAAUUGCAUGAUGAUUGUCAAACCUCUCCUUGCCAAUCUGUAUUGGCUGCUUGUGAAAUUUUAUGUUGAUUUUAAGGUUGGUAUUUAAGAUUUCAUAGCCCUCAUGGCCUCAUACACACUUCAUUUUCUCUCUUUCGGCCUUUUGUCUUUCAAAACAGCCUCUUGCAUCAAACUGCUCCUCUAAUGUUCCCUUACCUAACCUUACCCCCCUUGUAAAUCUCUCUGCUAUAGUGACAGCCUCCCUGCUUUGGAAAGCAUUCUGAAAAGCCUAGUGGUCAACUCUGCUUUCAGCUACACCUUUCUAUUAUUUCCUUGUGUCCUCUCACACAGUAUGCAAUUUAUUCUGCUACACUGCAAAAUGUUUUUCUAUUUACAAAACAGCAGUAUAGAAAUGCAAGAUAUUCAAUGUAAUAAGUUGUAAACUGAAACUGUUGACAACCUACACACCCAACAGUAAAAUUACAUCCUUGACCAUUUAAAAUUAUGGACGAAAAUAUAAAAGGAAACAAUUUUUGAUUAUCAGUUUGUUACACCAAGUUGUGUCAGGGAUGUGUAGUAGCAAUAGUGGAGAGUAGAUGUUUAGCUGGUGAGUCUAAGCUAAAACUGGCAUUGAAACAUCAUUGAUCCUGAUAUGAUUUUGCUGAGAUGAAGUCAUUUUAGAUGUGGAAAGUUGUCAUGCUUAAAAACAGAGAAACAUUUUGGAAUCUAUUCUUGCACUCUAUCUUGAACCAUAAUUAUUUCUCAGAUAUUGAUAAUGUUAGCUCCAUUUUUAUGUAUGGCUUGUGGAAAAGAAAGAAAUGUUUAAAUUCAUUUAUCCUGCCAUUGACAUUAUUGAGAGGAAUGUUCACUGUAAGAAUGAUCCUGUAACAUGGCCCAUGUAAGGUUAUACACAACCUGCACUGUCACCAUAUUCAAUAAAGUUCGCAGGUGUUUGCAGAUUGAA